AUGCACCACAAGCAGGAGCUCAGGUGCGACUCCUGCUCUGCCGGUGCACCUGUUGCGUUAUUCUGUGCCAUGUCAGGGGAGCUGAUAACUUGCGAGUUAACAUGCGUGCCUCUGUCGAGUGAACCGGAGGAGACUUUAAACGCCGUGAAAAGCAGGAAAAUGGAUUGUGAACAGCCUAUUUUUUCCGUGUUGAGCGGUGGCGUGAAGGAGGCGGGGGACGCCGCCGUGCCGAGCUCCUGCGGCGGCGGUGGACCGGCCUCACCGACUGCGACCACCUCCGACACCGAGUCCGGGAUCUUCUCUGGCGAAUGUGAGCUCUGUGUGGAACAUGAGUCUGAGCUGGACUGGUUCUGCGGCACCGAGCAGAAACUCAUUUGCUCUCACUGCGCCAUAGUGGGCUCCUGCCACGGACACACUGUGACCCCUCUGGCCACCAGAGUUACCGCAGUCAGGGGAGCAGCGAGCAGGGCGAGGGAGCAGGUACUGGCUCAGGUCAGCGCAGCGCGUGAAGCCCUGGAAGAGGAGGAGCAGCGUCUCCUGGAGGAGGUGCAGAGAGAGGAGGAGCGGGUGGAGCAGUGUCUCCUCACACAGAGAGCCCACUGGAACCAGGCUCUGGCGAACUUGUCGCAAACCCGCUCACGUCUGGUGCACAUGCUGACGCACACUCCAGAUGCACAGCUGGCGACUAAUGUCCAGGACAUCGCUGAAAGGGUGGAGGAGGCAGAGGGGGUCGGGGAGCCCUGUGACACAGACCAGCUCAACCUGAACCCAGGCUGCAGUGACAGCAAGCUGCUGAGAGGUCUGUGGGCCACCGCAGUACUGCUCGGCCCAAACGCUUAUGGAUCAUCUUAUUUAAAGUUUGACGAGCGCACAGUGAGCCCUCUCCUGUCCCUCUCCAAUGACCUCUCCACUUUGACCUUCCUCCACAAAAAACCCCGCCAGUCCCCUCCCUACGACCCAGCACGAUUCGACUGUUGGCCCAACGCGCUGGGUUCGCUCUCCAUGUCCUCCGGCACCCACAGCUGGGUGGUGGAUGUAGGCCAGAGCGGCGCCUUUAAGGUCGGGGUCUGCUACGCCUCUCUGGAACGCAAAGGCUCUGGGAACGAGGCGCGGCUGGGCUACAACGCUCAGUCCUGGGUGCUAUCUCACUACGACGGGGACUACUCCUUCUGCCACGCGGAGAAGAAGGUGCCCCUGAAGGUGGUGAAGACGCCCCAGAGGAUCGGCCUGCUGCUGGACUGGCCCAGUCAGACGCUGUUGUUUUACGAGCCAGACUCCGGUGCCGUACUGUACUCUGUCACGCAACACUUCAGUGCCCCGCUGCUGCCGGCAUUUGCCGUGACUGACCGCAGUAUCACCAUACUGCACUGA